CCAUGCGUGGUACACUACACUCAAAUACUCUCUCUCUUUGAAACAGAUAAAUAAAUUGAUACCAUUCCUUCAUUCACCAUUCACAUUCACAUUCACAAUGGGAACACUAGUCCAUUUGAUCUGCAUUCUACUAACAAUCUUAACCCUUUCAACAAACGUAAAAUCUUUAAACCAAGAAGGUUUAUACCUCUACCAAUUCAAACUCACCUUAGACGAUCCAGACUCAACACUCUCUUCAUGGAACCCUCGAGACACAACUCCUUGUAACUGGUACGGUGUACGCUGUGACUCCACAAACACCACCGUAACUGAACUUAAUCUCUCCAACACCAACAUUCAAGGUCCAUUCACAGCCUCAAUCCUCUGUCGUCUCCCUAAUCUCUCCUCCAUUAACCUCUUUAACAACUCCAUUAACCAAACUUUUCCUCUUCAAAUCUCCCUCUGUCAAAAUCUCAUUCACCUUGAUCUCUCUCAGAAUCUUUUAACCGGUUCUCUUCCAGAAACUUUACCUCUUCUUCCUAAACUUAUUUACCUUGACCUUACCGGUAAUAAUUUCUCAGGUCCUAUACCUUUAUCUUUCGGAUCAUUUAAAUCACUUGAAAUACUUUCAUUAGUUUCAAAUCUUCUAGAAGGUACUAUUCCACCUUCACUUGGAAAUAUAACUAGUUUGAAAAUGCUUAACCUCUCUUACAACCCGUUUUACCCGGGUCGGAUUCCACCGGAAAUUGGUAAUUUAACAAACCUUGAAGUGCUUUGGUUAACACAAUGCAACCUCGUUGGUGUUAUUCCUGAAACACUUGGAAAGCUUAAGAAACUUAAGGAUUUGGACCUUGCUUUAAAUGAUUUAUAUGGUUCUAUUCCGAGUUCGCUCACUGAAUUAACAAGUUUGAUGCAGAUUGAGUUGUAUAAUAACUCGUUAUCAGGUGAGUUACCUAAGGGAAUGGGGAACUUGAGUUCUUUACGGCUUCUUGAUGCGUCAAUGAAUCAUUUAACAGGGAGGAUUCCGGCUGAGCUUUGUUCAUUACCGUUGGAGAGUUUGAAUCUUUAUGAGAAUCGUUUUGAAGGUGAGUUACCGGCGAGUAUAGCGAACUCACCGAAUUUGUAUGAGUUGAGGUUGUUUGGAAACCGGUUAACUGGAAGGCUGCCGGAGAAUUUAGGGAAGAGGUCGCCGUUGAGGUGGCUUGAUGUUUCGAGUAAUCAGUUUUGGGGGAAUAUUCCGGCGAGUUUGUGUGAUUUUGGUGAGUUGGAGGAGGUUUUGAUGAUAUAUAAUCUGUUCACCGGUGAGAUACCGGCGAGUUUGGGGACUUGUCAGAGUUUGACGCGUGUGAGAUUGGGUUUUAAUCGGUUUUCCGGUGAGGUUCCGGCGGGUAUCUGGGGUCUUCCUCAUGUGUAUCUUCUUGAGCUUGCUCAUAACUCGUUUUCGGGUUCUAUUUCGAAGACUAUUGCUGGAGCAGGGAACCUUUCGUUGUUGAUAUUGUCCAAGAAUAAUUUAUCUGGAACUGUUCCUGAUGAGGUUGGGUGGUUGGAAAAUCUUGUUGAGUUUUCUGCUGGUGAUAAUAUGUUCACUGGUUCACUUCCUGAUAGUUUGGUGAAUCUUGGCCAGCUUGGGAUUCUUGAUUUUCACAACAAUAGGCUCUCUGGGGAACUACCAAAGGGGAUUCAUAGUUGGAAGAAGUUGAAUGAUUUGAAUUUGGCUAACAAUGAGAUUGGUGGAAAGAUUCCUGAUGAGAUUGGGAGUUUGUCUGUGCUUAAUUUUCUUGAUCUUUCUAGGAAUCAGUUUUCUGGGAAAAUCCCUCAUGGGUUGCAGAAUUUGAAGCUUAAUCAGCUUAAUUUGUCUUAUAAUCGUUUUUCUGGAGAACUACCUCCUCAAUUGGCUAAGGAAAUGUAUAGGUUAAGUUUCCUUGGGAAUCCUGGUUUGUGUGGAGAUUUGAAAGGAUUGUGUGACGGUAGGAGUGAAGUGAAGAAUUUGGGUUAUGUUUGGUUGCUUCGAGCAAUUUUUGUUCUUGCUCUUUUGGUGUUCUUAGUUGGUGUUGUUUGGUUUUACUUUAGGUACAAAAAUUUCAAGGACUCAAAAAGGGCUUUUGAUAAAUCGAAAUGGACUUUGAUGUCGUUUCAUAAACUGGGUUUCGGUGAAGAUGAAAUUUUAAAUUGUCUUGACGAAGAUAAUGUCAUUGGAAGUGGUUCUUCCGGUAAGGUUUACAAGGUUGUACUUAACAGUGGAGAAGCUGUUGCUGUGAAGAAGAUAUGGGGAGGGGCUAGGAAGGAAGUGGAGAGUGGAGAUGUUGAGAAAGGUAGGGUUCAAGACAACGCUUUCGAUGCAGAGGUUGACACAUUGGGAAAAAUUAGACACAAGAACAUUGUCAAGUUAUGGUGUUGUUGUACCACAAGGGAUUGCCAACUCUUGGUUUAUGAGUAUAUGCAAAAUGGUAGUCUUGGUGAUUUGCUUCAUAGCAGUAAAGGAGGGUUGUUGGAUUGGCCAACAAGAUACAAGAUAGCUGUGGAUGCUGCAGAUGGACUCUCUUAUCUCCAUCAUGACUGUGUUCCCCCAAUUGUUCAUAGAGAUGUUAAAUCUAACAAUAUCUUGUUGGAUGGAGACUUUGGUGCAAGGGUGGCAGAUUUUGGACUAGCUAAAGUAGUCGAAACCACUGCGAAAGGAAUUAAAUCCAUGUCCAUCAUAGCUGGUUCUUGUGGCUAUAUUGCACCAGAAUAUGCAUACACACUCAAAGUGAACGAGAAGAGCGACAUUUAUAGUUUUGGUGUUGUUAUACUUGAAUUAGUUACUGGAAGACGCCCUGUGGAUCCUGAGUUCGGAGAGAAAGAUUUGGUUAAAUGGGUUUGCACUACAUUGGAUCAGAAAGGCGUAGAUCAUGUACUUGACUCAAGGCUUGAUUCAUGUUUCAAAGAAGAAAUUUGCAAGGUUUUCAACAUUGGCCUCAUGUGUACUAGUCCUCUUCCAAUCAACCGGCCUUCAAUGAGAAGAGUAGUGAAGAUGUUGCAAGAGGUAGGAAUAGAGAACCAAAUGAAACCUGCCAAGAAAGAUGGAAAAUUAUCCCCUUAUUACUAUGAUGAUGCCUCAGACCAUGGAAGUGUUGCUUGAAUCAGUGAAAUCCUUGCAAGAGUUGGAUUCUUUGAUUCUGAAUGUGGGGAGUUUGAAGCUUUUAUUUUAUACUAUAACUCUAUAAGCCAACUUCUCUCUAUUAUCUUUUCCACGCAUGCUCUUUGCUUUACAAAGUGGACUAAAGAAAAGAGAUGAUUUUGAUUUUUUUUAUUUGGGGGGAAAUUAGAGGUUUGAGAAGUUGAUGUUUUUACCCUAUAAAGUAGGUCCGAAUCAAGGUGCAUCCCUACCAAAUUUAAGUUGGUGUUAGUUAAUAGUUAGUAUUACUGACUCUUGUAUUCAGGAAAUCUAUUUCCAUACUUGAAAAAAAAACUGUUUCUAUCAAUUCCGUUAGGUACAUUAGUUAAAACUUAAAAAGAUUUUUACCUGCCUCUUGGGUGGGUUAGGUAGGUGGCUUCAAAAUUGUGAAUUUUGUUUUCAUAUCUUUUGUUAUGGGAAGGUGUUAUCAUUGGACCAAAAGAGAAUCUAAGUGGAAUCAAACUUUAAUA